UCCCGCCCCGCCCCGCCCCGCCGUGCCCGUGUGCGCGGGGAGCAGCGCUCCGCUCCGCGGGGCGCCAUGGGGCGGGCGGGCCGCCGGCUGCCCGCGCUGGCAGCGCUCUUCUACGGGGCGCUGGCGGCCCUGGUGCUGCUGGGCGUGCGGGACGUGAUGUUCCUCUACGAGGAGAACCGGUGCAGCAUGACCUACAUGUACGAGUACCCCGAGUACCUGAAAAUAAAAUUACCCAAGAAAACAGCCAGACGAUACCCAGCAUAUGAGCUGUAUCUCUAUGGGGAAGGGAACUAUGCUGAAGAAAACAAAAAUCUCCUACUGACAGGAAUUCCAGUUCUCUUUCUGCCUGGGAAUGCUGGCAGUUACAAACAAGUACGUUCUCUUGGCUCCAUUGCACUUAGAAAAGCAGAAGAUGUUGACUUCAAGUAUCAUUUUAAUUUCUUCAGUGUCAACUUUAAUGAGGAGUUGGUUGCAUUGUAUGGUGGCAGCCUGCAACGACAGACCAAGUUUGUGCAUGAGUGCAUCAAAGUAAUCCUGAAGCUGUACAAGGAUCGGGAAUUUGCCCCGAGCAGUGUGGCAAUAGUUGGGCAUUCCAUGGGUGGUCUUGUUGCAAGAGCAUUGCUCACUCUGAAGAAUUUUAAGCCUGAACUUAUAAACCUGCUCAUUACACAAGCCACACCUCACAUUGCACCUGUAAUGCCUUUGGACAAAUAUCUUAUUGAUUUUUAUACAGCUGUAAACAAUCAUUGGAUUCUAAAGGCCCAAGAUUUAAGAAAUUUAACUACCCUUUCUGUGGCGGGAGGAUUCAGAGAUUACCAAGUUCGUUCAGGACUGGCUUUUCUACCAAGAUUGAGUCAACAUGACAGUGCCUUAUCUGUUGUGAGCUCAGCUGUGCCUAGAGCUUGGGCCUCAACUGACCAUCUCUCCAUAGUGUGGUGCAAAGAACUGAUCCUGGCUACCAUUAGAGCUUUUUUUGAUCUCAUAGAUGAAAACACAAGGCAGAUAACUGAGGAUCCAAAGAAGAGAAUGUCUGUAUUGAAUCACCACUUUGUGAGACACCCUGCAAAGAUGUAUGAGGAAAAUCCUGAAGCUUUUACACACCUCACAGGAGCUUUCAAUUGGAUUACAGUCAAAGCCUCAAAAUGGACUUACUCAGUUUACAAUGAUUCUGAUGGAAAAUAUUUCUCAUUUCCUCUUGCAAGCCACAGAAAAUCAUACAGUCAUGUUUACUGUGAAAAUAGUAUGUUGGACACAAGUAGCUGGAUUUAUGGCUGCAUGAACACUAAUUCAUCAAUGUGCCUGGAAGCUGCUGAUUUAUCCUGGAGAGCUGAGUUACUUCCAACCACCAAGGUUGUAAUGCUGAAACUUCUGGACUACUCUUCUUUGUCCCACAUUGUCAUUCAGGUACCACCUGCAGUUGGCAAUAAGUAUACUUUGGGCUGUGAAUUCUUCAAAGAGGAUUCCAGAACAGUCCAGCUCCCUGUAACACACAUUUUUUCAUUUGGGUUUUCUUCAAGCAAAAUUCUCUUAAAUUCAACUGGAUUACUUUACAAUGUGCAGCUCCAGCACUUCAACCAGAUAUAUCAAGCUUUCAAAAUUUAUAUAGACAGUCACUGCCAGUCACUCAAAGAAAGAAAACCAAGUGUUUACAGACUUCAUAUCCCCUGGUCAUAUGAAGACUCAAUAACUGUAGCAAAAGUUCCAUCUCUUGCUGAGAUUUCUGCCAAACUGCACAUUGCUCAGCCCCACAGUGACAGCAGCCUUCCAGAGUUAAACAUCUACUCUUCCCCUGACUGUCAGUAUGAAGUAAUUCUGAAGACAUCACUUCUACAGGUUCUUGGGCAAAUAGUAAGGUUCCAUGCUGGUGCUUUUCCAGUCUAUAUUGUUUCUAAUAUUCUUCUUACUUAUGGAGGACAACUGAGCACAUUGAGAUCAACAGGCCAGUGUUCAGACUUCUCCCUCCAACUAGUUAGGACAGCAAAGCCCUACAAAGUAGAACCUCUCAUAAGCAUUGUUGUGUUUCUGCUGGGGUUUAACUGGUUUAGAGAGAUCUGGGAGUCACUGUCACUGCCAGAGGUGGAUGCUGCUGUACUGAGUAGUCAGGAUGCAUGGUUCCCCCUUGUGUCCCUGAUUCUAUUUCUUUUUGGGACAGGCAUUGCCUACUGGAGUGGAGUAUUUUUCUCUACAUCUCUGAGACUCUUCUCUUCAUUAUGGUUAACUCUGAUUAGACCUCCUGAACUUCAGAAAGAUAAGUUGAUUACACCCAGCAGACUCUGUGGGAUGAUAUCUCUUGCUUUGGUUAGCUGGACCACUUGUGGUGCAUUUGCUGUGCUCAUUAUUUAUCUCCAAUACUUGUUCAAGGUUGUAAAACUGCAUGUAACUGUAAGAGCAGAGCAAAACAUACACAACAGGGAUUCAGGCCACUCAAAAGAAACUUCACAGAACUCCAGUACACACACAGUCAAAGCCCAGAGUUCAGUGGGCAGCGUUCCAGAAGCAACACAGUCUCCCUCCAACAGUAAAACAUCUGCUGAAGCUGCUAACAGUCUUAAGCUGCACACUACAGUCCUUAAUUUAUUCACGUGGAUUGUGCUGCUCAGCUUGCCAUCUUUAAUUUAUUGGUUUAAAAACCUCAGGUACAAUGUUAGGCUUGAUCCUGAUCCCUGUAGAACCACAGCUAUUAUCCUUGUAUGCAUCUUAGAAAUCCUAAUGAAUUCAAGUACUUCUGAAGUGAAAUCAAGUAAACUCCUGAAGAUUGCAGCCAAAGUUCCACUCCCUUUGUCUGUUGCAAUGCUGGCCUUUGGACGAAUGCAUUUAUACAGAGUCCCACACUUUGUAACCUUUUCUCUUCUUCUACAUGCGCUGUGCUGUUUUGUGUAAUGUUCAUUCUAUAUAGGACAAUGCACCCCAGAAACUUAACUCUGGAGAUGGGAAAAAUUGCAACACAGAAAUGCCUAAAUUAAUAUGAUCAGUAGUUUACAUUUUGUGGGAAAGAGGACAGAACUGUGAAUACUUUACAGAAAAUUUAUGGUUUUAUUCAUGUUGCUUAGAAAACCUUUCCUGGUAUUUAUUUCAUGUCUCUGAAAAUGGAGUGAUUUAACUGUGUAUAAGCACAUGACUCAUAUCAGUGCAACAUCUCAAUACUCUGCCUUGUAGACACUUUGGUAUUUCACUGUACUGCUUUGUGGAAACCUUUUUUACUCACUGUGCCAUGCAGUGUCUGUGUUCUGAACUUGCAUCUCUUGCAGGUCUAAAGUAUGCUGGUUAAAACUCAAUACAUUUCAAGCACACUGUGACUAUCACAAAAACCACACAGCCAAGUAUACUUUGAAUGAUUUUAUGUUACAUUCAAAAGCUGCCACAUUUGUGUCUAGACAAACUAGAAUGUACUGCUUAUAUAGAACUGUUAUUUCUAUCAAAUCCUUUGUUCAAUCAGUGUGAGUUGAACAUUUGUGAGAUUAUUGCAAGUCUUACACAUUUUACUUUUUGUGAGAGUGAGAAGACAACAGUAUUCUAUGUAGCUUUCUAUUCAGGAAGGAUACCAGCAGAUUCAUAAACAAUUUGCUGUAAUGUUGUUUUAAAACAUUGUCAGUUUUCUCUGGAAUUUUGAAAUUAAUCCUUGGACUUUGUCCAUAUGUGGAAGCUAGCAAACAUUGAGAUAUGCUGUGAGUUACCAGUGCAGUUGCUGCUCUCUUUCUAAGUAGACAAGGCAGGCUUUAUUCCUGUUGUAAACAGAGAACCAACCAUCUCCUAAUAAAUGCCAAUACAUAAAAUGAAUAUGGAAUAGUUACAGCCCUGCAAAUUCCUGUCCUGCCAUACAGUGCUACCUUCUGCAUGUGGGCAAACUCAGUAAUAGUGGGAAAUACUGACCAUAAUUAUCAGCUCUGUAUAAAUUUUAUCUUAGUGCCUAGAUGCUACAGUGACUGCCAUUUGUAAUAAAGCCUACAAUAGCUAUGUGUAAGGAAUUCUGUCCCCUGGGCAUGUGUUUUGCCAACAGAAGAAAUCUCAGCAGUCCUUAGGUUUAAAUGAUGUAUUGAUUCUGUGUAGAGAUGAGCUUACUACUUGCUUCUGUGUUAGCUGUCUCUGCUGUGUCUGAGAUACCUGUUACCUUCAGCUGGAAACACUAGACCAGCUCAAUCAUCACAUAGGAAUACCAAGAGGAAAUCUGCUGCUCACAGUCAAUCAAGAAUACUCUUGAUCCAGUAGUACAGCCAGCCUGACCCAUUAAUUCUAUCAUAUCUUAAUAAUCUUGCCUAAGUGCCUCAGUUAUUUCUUAUGUGUUGUUAGGGUCAAUUCCUUUGAGCAGCUGGCUGGAAAGACUCAAUUCACACAGUGACUUUCCAAAAUGAAGGACAAAUGUGAAGAAAGCCACGUGUGUUUUGUUUGCUUAUAUCCAUGUCAGCAGUUCAAGUUAUUAAUAAGUCAUUACAAGUGCUGUAACUGAGUAAGGGUAUUGUAGUUAGCCAAACCACUGUCACUGUUAUCAGUCAUCUGUGUGCUGGUAUUCUAGUCUUAACCUUUUCAAAAAGAAGGUUAGAUUAUAUAUCGUGUUUGUAAAUCAGAAAAGUUAUUUGAAUAGAUUAUAUCUUGAUAUUUUCUAAUCAAAUGUAUGCUACAGUAUAUGUAUAUAAGAUAAUUUGUGUGACUUAAUAUACUUGUAGCUAAAUGCACCAGUUGGUUUAACUAGGAAUUGCUGUUCAGACAUAGAAGAACAGAGUUGUUGUACUUGCAAAUGGCUGUGAAUGAAAGAUGGUGGCAGAACUGCACAGGGCUGGCAAAGGGCUGUGAAAUGUGCAGGGUCUGAUUUCUGUGGAAGAUAGUUUUCCUCGACUUUCAUAGGCCCUUUGGCUUAGUACUCUCUUUUACUUCUGAUUUUGUUUUGCCACCUUAGCAGGCUCUUUCUGCAUGAAUCCAUUUGUUGGAACUGUUGGAAAUGAAACAGACUCGAUAUUUGGUAUCUUUGAUAGCUUUCAAAAUGUGCCAUGAAGUGAAACCUACUGAAUUACAGCAGUUUAGGAUAACACUUUUUUUUUUUUUCAUUUAAUGAAUUUUUUUUUUAGCUGGAGCUCUAUCGAUGAUUGUUAGAACUCUUCAUAAAGUGAGUUCUGGUAUCUUGUGUAUUUUCCUGCCUGAUUCUCAGGUUGGAGGUAGGAGUAGGGAUAAUCCUGAGUCUUAGAUCCCAGAUGACAAGAGUUUUUCACAUCUCACUCAACACUCUCUUUUCUCAGAGAUGGUUUACCUUUACUGGGGAAAGGAGGGGAAGUUUUACUCCUAUUUUGAAUUGAAAUGCCUUGUGUGCCAUUUAAUAGAUUUAAACUGUUGGCAGGGAUGUGUGUCUGGAUUGUGCAGUGAUCGUGGACUGGACAACUUCAGCUGUUUGGCGGAUUAGGAGUUAAUCCCAAUUAGAUUUGCCAUACAAUUAAUGGAUGGUAAUAGGAUUAGAACAAGUCUUAGAAUUCAUCCCGUUCUGAGAGAGGAUGAAUUGUCCUACUUGUCAUUCUGAAAAGGACUAGAUUUUGUAACAGUCUGAGGUUGUUUUUUAGGUAAAAUACAAUGAUUGUUUGUUGUUACUUUUGGACAAGAAGGUAAAGUAGGUAAAUCUGUAGUUCUGCCACUGUUCAAUUAUUAUUACAGCAGAAACAUAGGAUAACCCUAUAUAUAUAUAUAUAUAUAUAUAUAUAUAUAUACACUGUUAAUUGCUUACACAAGGAGAUAUAAAUAUUAUUGAAAUAUCUUUUAUUAUGAGUGGGCUGCCUAUAUAAAACAGCUUUUGGCAAAAACAAAGGUAGUAUUUGGCAAAUACUACCUUUAAUUGCAUUAAAAGUCCACUUUAUUCUUCACAUUUUAGAUUAUCUAGACAGUGUGGGAGGAGACCAGGGCACUAACUGUAAGGGUUUAGACCUCAGGAUACAUUCAAAAUAAAAACUAUUUAUGUGGAUCUAAUAUGAUUUUUUUAAUAAGUUCUUAGAGACAGAAUGAGGAAACAGGGUAAGACCUUAAAAUAUUAAAUGCCACUAACUUUUGGUACAGCAGAGUCUUUCUUUGACAGGGAGAGAUUUAAUGAGAAGCUUUGGUGAUAGCUUCAUACCCUGAAAUUACUCUGGAAGACUGUAAUCUUUUCUGCUUGAUGUCAUCAAACAUGUUCCUCACAGUCUCAUCAUGCUAUGUAUCUACCACUUCAUAGAAAAUCUCUGUGUCUGAUAAGGAAAAACUCACAUCUUCACUGGAAUUGGCAAAUGCACCUUGGAACUGAGUGAAUUAAUGUUGUCCAAAGCCAAUCAUCUUAGCUGUGAUUUAAAAGUUGCAGUGGGUCACAUUUCAGCAUCCUGUUGAAAGAGGAUUGGUUUGGGGGUUUGGGUGGGAGGUUUCUCUGUAUGUUUUAUUUCCAAGAAACCUGCAGUAAAUGGAAUUUAAGUUAGUAUUAUAUCUGACAUUUAGAGUUCUGCCCUGAUUUUGGUUUUUUCAUGUAGCAAAUCCUUAGUAUUAAUUUGCUAUGUUUCAAAACAAGUAGAUUUCUAAUGACAGAACUGUGAACAGUGCAGUAGGAAUACACUGUAGAAGGCAUAGAGACUGGUGGUAUGCCUAAGUGAAUUUUUCAUCUAUAACUAAUUGGACUAACUUUAAAGUCAGUGAUUAACAAAAUGUAUUGACAUUUAACCUCAAAAGCAUUGCAUAUAUCAGUGUUUGAUACUUCUCAUUUUCCAUGUGUUUGCCAGUAACAAGUGAUGAACUCACUUGGUGUUCUGAAAUCUGAUAAAUCUGAUCCAUCUGACAGCACAGAAUAAAGUCUGUUAUGUAGUCAUUAAUAAAUGUAAACAUUUGAGAAACUUU